AUGUCGUCUGUGGACGGUGCGCCCUCAUCCGAGAGACUGUCUGGCCUCGCGCCUGAUUUGAACCUUGAUACGCCUACAAACCAUGCUAAGGCCUCGACAAUAGACAAGCAUCCAUCAACAGCGACAGACCAGCCGACAUCGUUCACAGCAGCUGCGCCUUCCAAAGACGAUGCCGGCUCCCAUCGGAACCUCGGCGAAUCUUACAGCAGGCCCGGCAGCAUCAUGGCCCCCUCGGUUCAGUUUGAUGAGCAGAGCCUGCAAGCCACUCCCUCGGCUCAACGCAGAGGCGGCAACGCCUCUUUACCGUCUUCGCCAGCAACGGGCUCCCUCUUUCUGACGGGUUCCCCUCCUUCCGAUCCUAGGGCAUUGUUUCAUCACAAAAUGGACCUAGUUCAGUCCAGGAAUGCGGGUUCAAGCCAUCGUCAUCGCCGCUUGUCGAGCCGUGCUUCGGCGGGGGGCAGCUCAACCAACAUGGACGCACGUAGUCUCAGUGCAAACGGCCGUACGAGACGGAGCAAGGCCAAUCCCACCAUCGUCACAGUCCCUGUCUGGGCGCGCGACGAGUCUCCGAGCCCGCCGAACUCGCCCGUUGCCAGUCCCCAAGCUCACAGCAUUCCUAGAUCCCUUAGAGACAUGGACUCAAUCAAUCUGCCAGCCGCUGAGAUGGCAAAUGAGGAUCGCAGCGAAUGCCGUGCCUCUUCGGAGCGGAGAUCAGGCGCACCACAAGAGGACGGACAGAUCCUUGGCAAAAGCAACAUAGCUUUCGACCACACCGUCUCCCCUGAAGCAGUUGAGCAGGCAGAGGCGCAAGAAGCUCAAAGUACGUCGCCCGAUCGUUGGUGGACUUUCACGCUGCCGCAAAAGUACCGCUCGCGCCUGCACGAGCAUCAUCUUCGCAUGGCUUUUCACCAUGAGAGGAUGCAUUCCGAGUCGCAGGAGAACAUCACAUCUAGCAAAAAGCCUAAUCGCAAUCGACGGCACGACCAGCGCAACAAGAAACAGCAGCAUCGCCAAAACUCGCAUUCGGACUCGAUGCGAUCCGAUGCCAGCAGCAGCAGCGACAGCAGCGACAUCGAGAUGCAGGAGCGCACAAGCAGAGAUCGCGGCGAACUGCAUCACGGCUACGGGCUCGGUGCAGGCAUGUGGAAUGGCAUGGCAGCAGGACUGGGUGCGAGCGGGCUGCUCAACAAUCAGAAGCGUGGUGCCUCUCAGUCGCCCAAAGUGACCUCUCCGUCUAGGUUCGGUAACGACGAGCGCUCAACAGCUCCCGGGGACCAGCAUCGUCGGGUGUCCCCAUCGCCAGCCGGCACCUCUACGACUCGCGCCGAUGAUCGCGAUCUAGAAAAGCAGAACAAGCAGGGCCUGGAGCCAGAAUAUCCGACCAUGUCUUUCAAGGCUCGAGUCGAGAAUCCAAACGUGUUUACGGUUCACCAACCCGCUACACCUGGGUGGGCGUCGCCUUGGAAGCCUGAAGAACGCGGACAUGGCGGCUUAAAUGCUACUGGCUACUUCCCACGCACAGAAUCUGGGCGCACCAUCGGGUCCGACGAUGGCCGCACCAACGGAUGGUACGAGGCUUGGAAGAAUUUUUUGAUACACAACCCCUUUGUGCCUCUGCUCUUCCGCACCAUCAAUGUCGCUUUCACCUCUGCAACUUUGGCAGUUGCGAUCAAGUUGCUAGUGGUUCUCCGAAAUGAAGGCGCCAACGAUGCGGUAGGCGCAUCGCCGUUGGUGGCAAUUAUCUUUGCCCCACUCAGUCUGUUCCACGUCGGUUUCCAGAUCUGGCUUGAAUAUUUUGGACGGCCCAUCGGUCUAUGGACAGUGCAGUCGAAACUGUCAUACACGGUGGCCGAGCUCAUCUUUAUCUGCCUCUGGUCAUCGGAGCUGUCGUUAACGCUCGACAACUACUUUACAUCGACGCUCAUCUGCGUCAAUUACGGCAGUCCUUACGUGGGGCCUCGAGAGUCGCCUGCCAACCAAGAAAGCCCCUUGAACAAUCCAAGUCGCAAGCCGUACAUCUGCAGACUACAGGGCUCUCUGAUUGGACUGGUCUUUGUGAGCUUGCUUGCCUAUCUCAUCGUGCUCACCGUUUCGCUCUUCCGCAUUUUUGUCAGAGUCACUGGCGGUAGCAGGAGAUGA